CGCGCACACACACACACACACACACACGCACACACACACACACACACACACACACAGCACUACAGUAUAUCAGAGUGUGACUAGCGGAGAGCCAGAGGGGAGUGCAGAAAUGAAUGUGAAGAUCCUGACGCUGGUGAUUGUGCUCUUGGUGUCUCUGCUGUGUUGUGCCAGUGCUGGUCCCAUGACCUCCACAGAGCAUGGCAGAGAACUGGAAGAGAUGGCUACGGUGAGAAAGGUGGUCCAACAGAACCCUACGAGGGGCGGCCAGAGCCACAGACCAGCCGGCUGGAAGAGGAGACGCCCACGGCCCCGUCUUUCCCACAAGGGGCCCAUGCCGUUCUAGAGCAAGGCACGGCUUUGAGCGCCCUCCACCAGGUUCUGAUUCCUAUGCUCUUCCUUUGCCUUGGGGGGCCUUGCAAUGAAGGGCCUACGGUCGCCCAGCCUGAAGAGUGACGUCCAUAGCACCUGCUGGUUCUUCAAGCAACUCUGUCCACAUUUAAAAAAAAAUAAGAAAAGAAAAAACAAGAAGAAGACGAAGAAGAAGAAAAAAAAUCAGGACGAGCCGCUCAUCCUCAGCUCUAAGUAGAAAAGGAGGCAGGGGUGGGGGUGGGGGGGGGUAUUGAACCUGAGUUAUCAGAUUCUAUUUCUCUGUCUCUAUCUAUGACUACUUAUCUCUUUAUCCCGAGUAUUUCCUCCUGUUGUUUGCUUAAUAGAGCCCAAUCAUCGUGAUCGCGCCAAGUGUCUCACACACUUUGCAUGGCAUGUGGUGGAGAGGAAGCCCGGUCAAAAGUAUCCGAGUCUAAACGCAUCUGUCACUUCUCUGCAAUGUAUUCCCACUCCUCAAAUUUUAAAAAAAAAAGUACAGCUGCCGAUUCCACUGCUAUGUAGCUACUUAUGCUUUUACGAGCAAGCAAGGAGCAGUGUCUUUUGAAAAGAAAAAAACAAACUUGGCAACGACAACUACCAAUUAACUCAUGAUAUCCUGUCUACAAGGAAUCUACGGUUAUAUAUUUCAAAUAGAAAUGCAAGAGCAUUGCUUCAUUAUUGCUAUCAAUGGUGCUUGUCCACAUGCACAUUUUUCAGAUCGAUCUCUUUAAGUGAUAGAAUCUAUAAUCUAAACUUCUUCUGUGUUUCUCAACUCUUUAACACCUCGGGGGGCUUUGCUCACAUGCUCAACCUUACUGUAACAGUGUCCACACCUUGAAAGAGUCCUUCAACCCCGAAUCCCAAUCCUGUCACCAAUCCCCCGGCCAUCUCGCCACACCGCUGCUCCGUGCAGCUGCUCUAAACGACUGUUAACUGGCAGUGGCGGUCUGCUCCACCGACAGGCUGCCGUGCCUUUUAAUGAAGUGCCAAAUAAUAACCUUCUCCACAAUGCUGCCAGGAGCGAGAGAAUGAAAGGUUAGACGGAAAUGAGAAACACAUUACCUCUUGUUUGAAGUCUUGAUACACUGACGCAUUAUGCAUUACAAAUUCCUGCAAAAAUAAAUCCCAUGAAAGAUGACGUAAGCAAGGAUGAUCAUUGAAUUAGACCAAAAAAAAAAAAAAAAAUCAAAAAUAAAAUAAAACGUUUCAAAGCAAACAUCAGGUCAGUUCAUAUGCCACCAUAAUCAGCCUACCGCGAUCACGCUGGCUGUUUUAUCAUCCUGUAUAAGACUUGUUCAACCCUUUGACCGAUGUUUUUAAAUGACAGAAUGCUAUGCCUUUUUAUCAUACUGGAAUAUAUAUUACAGUUUGUUUUUGUGUUUAAGUAGUUUCAUUCCUUUUUUCUCAGGGUGCUGUGAUAGAGGCUUGUACUAGAACAGUCUAGUUUGUGCAUUUAUUUAACAGACAUACAAUACAUUUAAAUCUUAUAUGAGCAUAUUUUCGUAUACUGUAUUUUUACUCUCCCUCUGUGUAUACAAAAAUAUAGCCAGGUAUCCAGCUUCGGCCUUUUCUAGUCCUUUCCCUAGAAGAUGGGUACAGUUGCCUUUCUUGUCUGCCCCUCCACAGCACAGGUGGUCGUGGCUUUGAUCAUUAUGCUCAUUAAAUCCUAAAGUUAAUCUUUUUCAGAUGGAUCUCCCAGAGGCCGGCCAGGGCCGCUUAGUCUGAGCUUGUUGUUAAAUUAGCUUAGACUGAAACCAUACCCUUCCCCCUUUGCCAAUCCCCAAACCCCCCACAGAUUCUGUGUGCAACCAUAAAAUAUUUUAGCACGAUAACCUGUAGAGCAAAUGCCUAUUGAACAGUUCAGAUAAAAAAAAAAAUGGAUUCCACUGUGAUUCAAUCAACAAACACGUUUUCAAAUGUGACCGGCAGAUUAACCUAGAUUCCCAUCACAUCAUCCCUCUCGCCAUGUCUCAUGCAAAUAUUACAACAAUAAAAAGCAGCAUCUCAGUUGCUUUUAUUAAGAGAGCAUCUAAAAUCAUAGUGGUAACCCAACCAGUCAAGAUCACCUUGAUUAAAAAUGUAUGAAAUCCUAGGGCACUGUGAUAAAGAAGAAGAAGAACUUCAGUCCUACUAUUAUUUUUUUCAUACCCUCUCAGACAGAGAUGUAGAUUUCGUUAAAGCUCCUCGGGAAUAAGACGGCUUUGCUCAGUGUGUCUCAUGUAUUAAUGGGGAAGAUGGUUUUGGAGAAAUGAGCUGGGGAUGGAUGAUCGAAGAUGCACGGGUCGGGAUCCUGGAGUAGACUGGGUCACGACAAGGGGGUUCAAAUCGAUAUUUGCCCAUCGCAGAAGUUACGUUUAGGGAGCCGAGCAACGUCUGUAUCCACACUGUUCUUCAUGAAUGUAUCCUCACCAUCUGCACCAGCCAUGCUGCCCUCUCAGAGAUCAGAGCAAACCAUUGUAAAGAACCCUUCGAAUCUUGGUCUGGUUAUCCGAUGAGUUUUAUUUUAAUUUUUAAGCCAAAAAUCCUUUCAUCCAAAGCCUCCUAUGUUGACUACUCAUAACAAAUAGAUGUGGCUUUGCUCCAAGGCAUAUCUGUUUGGGUUUGCAAGGCUGCACUUUUGCAACUCCAUGAUGCUGCUGGAAAAAUACACCUUGAAAAUAAGUCUCUUGGUAUGGAAUGGUUUUGUUUUUCAUGUUUUUUUUUUUUUGUUUGUUUUUUUUUUUGGUUCCUCCCCCUGUGUCUUGUGACAAUUUUUGUCUGGUUCUCAUCUAGCUGGUUGUCCAAAGCUUACUUCUUGAAUACAGUGUGAACAGCUGUAUCUUUUGUGGAUGUAACAAAAUAGAAAAGUAGUCUGCAGCACAAUGUCAUGGACACUUGAAAGCUUUCAGGCGUUCUUUUCUUGUAGAUCACAACCCACAGCCCUCCCCUGCACAUCAGGUUAAUGGGUCUUGUGGUGUGGAAGGACAAGCACGUCCAGGCUCAAAGUGAAAUGGUAAACCAAUACAUUAUGCUCGGGGAGCAAAACCAUUUUCCUUAAUGGUCUUUUCCAGCAAGGCUUACACAAGAGAAACGAUUCCUACCCUCUCAGUGUUCCCUCUCCAGUUCCUCCUCUCUGUGACCAUCACAAGGCCUGAGUAAUAUUCCUAUGCACUUGUUAGCAUGUUUUCCUGGUAGAAUAUGUUUGUUCUGAGAACUUGCCCCUUUGUGUUUACUUAGUUUUUUCUUUUUUUGUUGUUGUUGUCUAAAUGCAUUUGGCUGGAGAGUGUGUAAAGAGUCGUGAUAAGCUGAGAGAUUUGUGUAACUGGUGGAGACAAGUCAAAUCAAGCAGCAGGUUUUAAACAUUAGCCGUUGGGUCUCGGUCUCGGCGCCCCCUGUGAAAUCGAUCAUUGAAAUACAGACUCUUUGUUUUCCCGUCCUAGGCUCUCAGCUAUCUAGCGGAUAAGAUGCAAACAGUUCACUCAUUGUGGAAACACUUGGCACUCAACACAUUCCUCGAUUUACCUUGUGAAUCUCCAAACCCAUCAAACUGUAUCAUGUUGGCCGUCAGAGUGGGUAUCUGAAGG